AUGGCAGACAGUGCAGCCAGUCUGAUACAGGAAGAUCGUCUACUCAACAAUCUCGUACUCGCCGCACAGGCCCUUUGCUGCUAUGAUUACUGUAUAACCUUCGCCAGCGAAGUCAAAUACGUAUGGUCGAGAAAGUUCUCGCUGGCUGCCGCCCUCUUCUACGCGUUCCGCUAUGCCGCGGUGUUGAAUACGCUGUUCAUUGCGGAUGAUGGGUGCGCGAGCAUCGUCCUGGUGUUCGACGGGUUCGUCUUCGGCAUGACAUGGUGGGGCACGCGCCGCGCGACAGCGCUCGGAGGCUCCAGGGCUGUCCUCAUGAGAGAUACUGCUAUUUACUUUGGAUUUCUCUUUGCGCUGAACGUCCUCGCGAUAGCCAUCGCCGCGGUGCACCUUACAUUCAUAGUCGUCGUGAACACAUGGACGGCAAUACUCACCUCGGUCCUCCUCUCACGCCUCAUGCUCGACCUCCGCGAGGUCAUCGCAGACCUCAUUCCGAGCGACACGAGCCGCCACACCUUCCGCAGUGGUUCGACGAGCCUCUCGCGCACGCUGGGCUCGCUCCACUUCACGCAGCGCGGUGCGGCCCCGCCCUCGGAGAUCUCUAUUGAGCUGAGUCCGGUCAGUCCUCGUGCAGGACGGCGGCGCGGGGACUCGGAGGGGGAGAGCUGGACUCUAGGUGGAGACGAGAGUGAGGGGUGA